AUGUUUACUCUAUUAGGUGAUGGAGCUUAUAGCUAAGUUUAUAAAGUUAAAAGAAUCCAAGAUGGAUAAAUAUACGCCCUUAAAAAAGUAAGACUUAAUCAUCUGUCAGAAAAAGAAAGGGAAAAUGCCAUUAAUGAAGUCAGAAUUCUUGCUUCAAUCAAACAUGUAAAUGUGAUUUCUUACAAGGAAGCGUUUAUAGAACCAACAACCCAAUCACUUUGCAUAGUCAUGGAAUUCGCAGAUAAUGGAGAUUUAUUCUAAAAGAUAACAGAAAAUCAGGCAGCAGGAGCAACUUAUAAUGAACAGGAUAUUUGGAAAAUAUUCAUAUAGAUAGUCAGAGGACUAAGGGCACUUCAUGAUCUGAACAUUAUGCAUAGAGAUCUGAAAUCAGCCAAUGUGUUUCUAAACAAAGAUCUAACUGUGAAAUUAGGAGAUAUGAAUGUUUCAAAAAUAGCAAACGGAAAGGGACUUAACUACACAUAGACUGGUACACCUUACUAUGCAAGCCCUGAGGUAUGGAAAGAUGAGCCGUAUGACUAAAAAAGUGACAUUUGGUCUCUAGGUUGUGUGCUUUAUGAGAUGAUUGCAUUAAGGCCUCCAUUCUAAGCUAAUGACAUGAAUGGAUUGUAUAAAAGAGUUAUCCGAGGUUAAUAUUAGAAAUUGCCAAAAUAAUAUUCAGCAGAACUCGCUAAUAUGGUAUCAUUGCUACUCUAGGUUAAUCCUUAAAACAGGCCAGAUAGUUAGAAAAUUACAUAGUUGUCCGUAUUUUCUAAAAAGUUUAAUGAAUUCUUUCCUGAUAUUGCUGAGCAGGAUAAGAGUGAACUUCUCAAGACAAUUAGAAUCCCCAAAAAUAUAAUGUAUCUUAGCAAUAGACUUCCACUAGCAAACUACAAUUCAAACAUCAAGAGACAUUAGCAGAUUAGCAAAAUGUAUAAAAGCACUUAAUAAAGAUCCUCAAUUAGAAGCAUAAAUAAAGAUAAUUCUAUAACAAUAGAGCAAUAAGAUGUGAAGUUACCAAAUCUUGAAUCUAAUAUGAAGUCAAUUGUAAAUAAAAAAGCAAGCUAUGAAGAUAUCCUAACAAGAUAGAAUAGUAAAAUUAAGUUGUAAAAUAAAAACGAUCAGGACAUGAUUCAAAUUGAGUACCAAGACAAGAAAAGUGCUCUAAUGAGUUUAGAUCAUUCUCUAAAUGAAUCAAGAAUCAAUAGUUUGUCGCCGAAAUAGCAUUAAAGCUCAUCUAAGAAAAAAGGGAAUCUAAUUGUUUCUAAUAUAAAUUCCCAUAAAAACAGUAUCGUUUUAGAUGAUUAGCCUAUGAUUAUUGCUUAAAGUUCUGCAAAUUUACAUUCAAAUCUUGAUACUCCAUACGAUGAAGAUAUCUCUGAUUAGCUAAGAGUAAAUUAGUUACCUUAAAUAUAAAGUAGAGCUUUAUAAUAAAACAGGUAUCGAGAAGAAGGUAACUCAUUAAGCUAGUAAAGUAGCCUCAAUUAAAAAAAGACAAUAUCUCUUGUUAAAAGAGAUAACUCUUUAAAAAGACUAUAAGCUGAGAAAUAGAGUGAUAGCAGCCUAUUUCUAUACAAAAAUGAUAAUUAAAGUUAAAACUAAGAUAGCGUGAAAGUAUCACAGCAAAGAUUGCAAGAUAUUUACAAUAUGAGAUAUUAGAAGCCAACAAUUAAUAAUCUGAUUCCUUUUUAACAAGAAAGGAAAACUAGAAUGAAUGAUAUAAGCAUGAAUAAACAGAAUAUGUAGUUAGGCUAGAUUUUAGUUUCAAGCCAGAAAAUGAAGAAUUAGUAAAAUCAUUCUUAGAAUCGAGAAUCAGAAGCAUAACUUCAAAGAAUACAGUUGAAGGAGUAGAUUAAAUCUAUCAAUAAUUCAGUCAAGUCUACAUUAUUUCAUAAUGGAGUGCCAAUAAACUAUAAGCCCAAAAAGAACACAGUAAAUUAUGAGGAAAAAUUGUUGAAGAUAGCGAAUGUGUACGCAAGAGGGCAAGGAUCUAUGAGUCCUUUGCAAAAUACAAAGCCUAAAAAAGAGUAUAUAAAUCAUAGUAUGGUGAUUAAUGAGAGUGCUCAUAAUUCGAGCACCAAAUAGUUACAGGAUAGAUAUCAUUCAGUUUCGAACUCUAUCAGUAAUGUUAAACUACCGUCACUUAAUAAUAGAUCUUUGAUUAGCAAUGAUAUUACUUCCAUCGGUGGAGUAGAUUUAUCUUAGAUUGAAGUCUUUAAUCCAUACGAAAAUAGAUCUUCUGUUAGUAAUGCUUAGUAAUCCUAAAAACUCUUGAAGAAAGGAUAAAAAUAAUACUUGCAAAGCUCCUCCAGCAAAGAUUAGUUACCCUUACCAUACUAAAGCCAGCACUAGUAAAAUCUUAAAAAAUAGAGAUAGUAUUUGUUAAUGAACUAGAAAAACAAUAAUCUUAACACUAGCUUCAAAAGCACAGGAGCAUCUUUGACAAAAAGUGAGUCCUCUAAUGUGAUAUAAGUUAAUCUUAAGCCAGGGGAAGGAGAAAUUAUUGAGACUCAAGAUUUAAAAGCCCCAGUUUUGGUUAUAUGA